AUGUCGGCAUACUCGCUCCUCAUCUCAAGUGCCACUGCGAUUGGACCGCUCCUGGCAUCCUUCAUCACCGAAUACAGCCCGGGCUCCUGGCGCGACUACAUCUGGGUGUGCGCCGCACUAGCUGGUGCCAAUUCUCUGGCCAUAUUCUUGUUUUACCCUGAGUCCAAUUUUAACCGGACGAGAAAAACUCCCCACGUGGUUUCCGUUGAGGGACAGCAAGUUGCGGAUGCAAACACGGAAAAGGGAGAGAUCAUCCGCACCGACACCAUCUCGUGGCAUCAUGUCAGUGUUGUGAAGAAGUCUUGGACUAAGAUCUGGACGUCGUUUAUCACGGUCAAUCCCGACGUUAACAUCCUGAGGGUGUUCUUCGAACCGACUCUCACACUUGGCCGCCCGGCUGUACUGUACGCUGUAUUUGUAUUUGGUACGAGCCUUGCAGCUCAAGUUAUCAUGAUGUAA